GGCGGUGAUUUGUGUUGCUACAUCACCAGCUUUCGUUGUUCGGCUGCAAACUGGAAAGUCCCCUUCAGACUGAGAGGUUCGUGUCAGGAAAACUGCUGUUAGCGUUGUAAUUUGCAAUGAGGGGUAUUGAAUUUUCCUUCCCUUCGAUGCGUCAAUAAACAUACAAUUCUAGCUGGCUGUUUCAGCUCUGAAUUUAUUUAUUUUUAGCUAAGCGAUUAGAUCUUCCCUUUCGAAUGCUAGCUGGUGUUAGCAGGCUAGCUCUUUGUGUGGCUAGCAGCUAGCCGAGCGAUGUUUUGCUGUUGUUAAACUGAGCAGCCCUCCUGUCGUCUGGGAAGGAGAAUCAUCAGCUGUGUAUGGAAAAAACGCCCCAUCGACGCCUUUUUCUCCUCUCCCAUUGUCUGUGAAAGUGACCCUUGAAAUUAGUAAAGCGAAGACGACAGAGGGGAGAGUUUGAUUGAAGAGGGAGGAGAUGGGAAACUGUCUGAAAUCUCCCACAUCGGAUGACAUUUCUUUGCUACAUGAGUCUCAGUCGGACCGGGCCAGCUACGGAGAUGGUGCUGAUCCCGAUCAGGAGCCACCGCCCCCCUAUCAGGAGCAAAUCCAUGUGCCUGUCUACCAUCCAACGCCCAGUCAAACCCGACUGGUCACUCAGCUGACCGAAGAGGAGCAGAUCCGAAUCGCUCAACGCAUCGGGCUUAUCCAGCACCUCCCAAAGGGCGUGUAUGACCCGGGAAGGGAUGGAUCCGAGAAGAAGAUCAGAGAGUGUGUCAUCUGUAUGAUGGACUUUGUCUACGGAGACCCGAUCCGGUUCCUGCCCUGCAUGCACAUCUACCACAUGGACUGUAUCGAUGACUGGCUGAUGAGAUCCUUCACCUGCCCCUCGUGCAUGGAGCCUGUGGAUGCUGCACUGCUUUCCUCCUACGAGACCAACUGACACAAAACCCUUUUGGACUAAACUGGACAUGCACAAACACAUGUAUACCCUGACACAUACACGGACAUGAAUUAUGCAUAAAAAUGAAAAUACACACAAGACUUCCAUCUUUGCUGUAUCCUGGAUUAGUAAGAUGGCGAUUAUAAAAGCAGUGAUUAUGUUAAAGAUGUACAAUGAAUUCUGUGUGGGUGUGCGUAAGUGUUUGUCUAUUUGUGUGUGCACAAUUUCCUCAGUUGGCCUGCUGGACAGGAUUACAUCUGGGAAAGGACUGGAAGAAUGAAGGGUUUUUUGUGGUAUGGACAAGCAGGAAGAAGCUGCACUGAGGAAAGACGACAGAGAGGGUGGUGGAAUGCACAGGGGUGUUGUAACAGGACAUCGAAGGCAAUGGAUGGUGGAUUCGUCGUCGUUACGGUUCAAAAACUUUAUCAAGGUUUGGUUUUAAAUUUGCGAUACACGCACCUUCUUCCUCAACUUUAGGCGCCAUGAUUGGAAUAAGCCUGAGAGAGACUGCAGGACUGCUCACACCUGAUUACUGUAACGCCACGCUGCAGGACGGAGGAGAGAGGACUUCCGAAUCCUUCAGAGAUGCUGCCAGAUGCCUCUCUCAGUCAAAACUGCUGCAAAAGAACUUUUGCAGAAGCAGAUAUGUGAUUUUAAAAGACUGCCAGAGAUGGACAUCAGACUUUAGACUGCUAACUUAUGAUUUAUUCUGCACACAUACCAGAGGCCUGUUCUCAGACGGGCCUCGGGUCGUCUCUGUACAGACGUUUCCUGAGAAAAGUGAGAUCAGUUGCUCGGUGGAUUCACUGUCCGGUGACUUUGUGAAAUCUGUUUGUUUUGUCAGUCAGCAUAAGGGCUCUGUUAACCAGUGUUUACCACCAACACAGACAUGACUAAAGGAAGUGCAGUGUGUGCUGAUGUAAUGGGCUGUGGUUUUGCUGUUAAGGUCUUGACUUCUUAUUCAAUGAGAUGUCACAUUAUUGGCCAAAGCACAAGUAGACCAGUUAACAAACCAUAAAUACACACUAGAUAUUUGCACUUCCUAAUCAGACCAGAGACAAGAGGACCACAUGCAGUUGUAAUUAUGUGAAUGUAAAGUAUCUGAUUUGCUUUAUGUGCAUCCUCAUUACCACUGCAGUGAUUUGUAAUGAAAGCCACUGUCUCUGUGGAGCGGGAGCAGAGUACUUAAUUUAUUACAGACAUUAACCAAACUACUGAAUUAAUUCCAAGGAUUGUGUCCCUGUUCUUUGUGCUGAAGACAAAAUUAAAACAUAAACAAGGUUGGGCUUUUUUAAUGUGCUUGGAAAAUCAACUUCCUGUCCUGAAAGAGUGUGAUGUGGUCAUAAUGAUGGAGUAUACGGUUAUGUUUGGUUUCAGUUUAGAAAUGUUCGGUUUCUAUGCAUUUGUAUUCUCAUUUUCUUGGCAUCGAGUUGAGUCCUCUGUACAGGAUUUCUUUGCCACAUUAUAAAAUGUCCAUUGCCCAAGUCACCAGGUUUACAAUAAAAGCACAAAGAAAUACAACAUUUUCUUUGAUAGUGUCCUUUCCCAGCUAACGUUAGCAUGUGAGUGAGUCUGUAAAUGUAAAUCCUGCAGAAAAUGGUCAAUAUUUAAGCUCCCCUUGCAUACAGAUCUCUGUGAUCUGUGAACGCUUUUCAAGGCCCUUUGUGUUUUGCAAAGUUUGGUUGGUGGGCAGGUCGGUGGCAGUCAGUACCUUAGUUUUUGCACAGUACUCUCAUGUACUUAACUCUUUAUGUUGUAAAUUGUCCAUCAUUAAGGUGGGACUCCAUGGCCUUAGGUUACACAUAAGUGAGGGGUUGAUAUCUGUUGCCAAAAUGUGAGCACAGGCGGUAAUAGGCAGACUGCUUAGACUGGAAAUGCUGCUGCUGAGCUGUCACAUGUCAUGUAAUGAACUCUACAGGAGGUGUAUCAGAAAAUGUCCCAGUACAUUGUCACAAACUAAUAAAUGAACUGUGUGUGUAUCGUG